AUGUCAAUUCUGAAUACAUUAUGUCGAGCAGGAGUAUUGGCGCGAGCGAAUUUAACUCAUAAAUUUGAUCCGGUGAGAGCCAUCACAUUUUCGUUAACACGUUGUUCCGAGGAAGGAAAUGCAACUGAAGGGGACAAUGUAGCUGCAGAUACUUCCAAGGUCGAAUGUAAACCAAUUAUAACAGCAGAGACCAGCAUCAAAUACAUGAAUAGCGAUGCUUACAAGCAAACAUAUGGAAAUGAUCCAAUAUGGAAAAUGUAUAAAAGAAAUCACAAAGGAAUGUUUCCACCUAGGAAAACUCGAAAAACUUGUAUAAGAGGGGGCCAAAUCACCACUGGAAAUCCAUGUCCCAUAUGUAGGGACGAAUAUCUCGUAUUUGAUUAUAAAAACGUCAAGCUGCUUGAACAGUUUAUUGACCAACAUAACGGAGACGUCCUAAGUUAUUCCAAGACAAAUAUUUGCCAAAAGAGGCACAAAGAACUCUUAGUUGCUUUAACCAAGGCCAAGGAUUACGGGUUUAUCAAAUACGACGUUCCUAUAAGACAGUACGAUUAUUCAGAGUGGAAACCAUCAAACAAUUAA